AUGGUACGGGCGGCAAAGGCAAGUACCGACAUAUCGAUGUGUUCCCUGGGCAUUAACGACGUCGUUUUGUCGAUAGCAGUGGACUACUUCAUCAUCAACAUGUCUAUCAAGGCUAUUGCUACUAUCGCGCUUGCGGCUGGUCUCGCUGCCGCAAAGCCCAUCAACACCCCUGCCAAGCGCCAAAUCGGCUUCAACUCCGUCGUCAACGGCUUCAACGGCAACGACGGCGCCUUCAACUUCAUCGACGGCUUCAACAACUUCAACCAGCAACAACAAGUAAUCCAGAUCCAACAGGAGAACCUCCAGAUCAUCGACAACGGACGUCAACAAGCCGUCGUCCAGCAAGUGGAGCAAGUCCUCAUUGUCGACCAGGUCAACAACGGCUUCAACAACGACCUCAACAACCUCUUCCGCAAGAGCAACUUCCAGAACCAGUUCCGCGAUGUCGCCACUGUUACCCUUGUUGUGCAGGAGAUCCAGAUCGCCAUCGACGACGGCCGCGGCAACCAAGUCCAGCAAAACAUCUUCGCUCAGUCCGCCGUUGUCGCUAACCGCGGCGCCCGCGAGACACAGACUGUCAUGGUCUUCGACAGCCGCACGCUGAUCGCCCAGGACAUUCUCGGCGGCGACGCCUUCGGCAAGCUCGGUGGCUUCGGCGGUAUCGCAGGCGCGACUGGCGCGUUGGACGGCGCAAUGCCCACCAAGACAGCUGGUAUCCAGCUCUUCGGUGCGAAGCCCACUUGGUCGGCUGUUGCCGAGGACCCAGCUGCGACUCUCGGUGCUAUCUGGCAGGGUGCUCUCCAGGACCUUCAGGAUGCGCAGAACGACGAGGCGGACAACAAGCUCAACGAACAGAUUGCUGCUGAGGAGUUGAAGGCGCUUCUCGAGGGUCAAGACGGCCAGGACGACAACAAGGACGGUGAGGACAACGCCGACGACAAGGCCGCUGAGGAGGAAGCCAAGAAGGCGGAAGAAGAGGCCAAGAAGCAAGAGGAAGAGCAGAAGAAGGCCGAGGAGGAAGCUGCCAAGGCCGACGCUGAGGAGGCUAAGAAGCAGGAAGAGGAGCAGAAGAAGGAAGAUGAGGCUGCUAAGCAGGAGGCUGAGCAGGAGAAGAAGGCUGAGGAGGAGGCCGCGAAGAAGGAGGCGGAAGAUGCGAAGAAGGCAGAGGAAGAGGCUGCUAAGAAGGAUGCCGAGGAGCAGAAGAAGGCGGACGAGGAGGCUAAGGCUCAGGAUGAGGCGGACAAGAAGGCUGAGGAAGAGGCGAAGAAAGCUGAAGAGGCGAAGGCUGCUGAGGAGAAGAAGGCAGAGUAA